UAUGACCAAAUCUCCUCUCAUUCUCCUUCACGUCGCCGCGGUUGCUCUCGCCUUUCUGCAAUUUUCUGAUGGAAAAGUGAUGAUGGAGUACAUAGGAGCCACAGGCGUCCCAGUAAAACUCAGCUCCGUCCCAAUACUCUCCCCAGACAUCUCCUUCCACUUCAUCCUCAGCUUCGCUAUCGACGCCACCCCAUCCGGAAAGGCUAACAACGGCAAAUUUUCCCCCUAUUGGGCCUCAACCCUAACCCCAAAAUCCGUAGCACAGAUCAAAGCCCAACACCCAAAUGUCAGAGCCCUCGCCAGCCUUUCCGGGUGGAGCCUCGGUGACAAAGUCCUCCGUUGGUACAAUCCGCCCGAUCCCGAUCGUUGGAUCUCCAAUGCCGUCUCCUCCCUUACCGCCAUAGCCAAAACCUACCACCUCGAUGGAAUCGACAUCGAUUACGAGAACUUCCCGAGGAACUCGACCUUCGCGUACUGUAUCGGUGAACUAAUCUCCCGACUAAAGAAUCGACGCGUGAUCUCAGUCGCGACAAUCGCGCCAUUCUACACGACGGUUGGUCCGUACAUUGAGCUUUUCAAUCGGUACGGAGAAGUGAUCGAUUUCGUGAAUUACCAGUUCUACACCGACAAGGUUCGGAGCCCGACGGGGUAUUUGGCGGCGUUUAGGGUUCGGGCAGAGCAGUUCGAUGCUGAGAAGCUACUACCAAGCUACGAGGUGGACGGGCGAGGGAUCCAAGGGGAUGCGUUUUUUGAGGCACUGCAGUUGUUGGAGACCGAGGGGUUUGGCGUCAACGGGGUUAUGAUCUUCUCUGCUGAUGACUCUGCCAAGAAUGACUACUACUACGAGAGGAAGUCGCAGAAUUUCUUGUUAAAUUCUACUACUAGUGGCUAUUAUCGUGGGUGAUUCUUUUGUGUUUCUGUUGGGAUUUU